ACGUUGUCUGCUUUUCUUGCCCUUCGCAUCCGACGUGGAAUCAAAACGGGACGCACGGCGAGAGAGAAAAAAAGAACACAAACCACAGCAAAGAUUGUUGAAACGCGUACAUUCGCCUCUCAUUGCGUCUUUGAAUUCUGCUUGCGCUACACCACCGCGUUACUGAAAACAUCUCAAACCCCGUAAAAGAGUCAACAAAAAAAUGGAUCAAUUGACGAAAUUCUACGAACCCGGCCGCUCGUUCGCCAAGGACUCGAUCCGACUGAUCAAGCGCUGCACCAAGCCGGACCGCCGAGAGUUCCAGAAGAUUGCCAUCGCCACCGCUAUCGGAUUCUGCAUCAUGGGAUUCAUCGGUUUCUUCGUGAAACUGAUACACAUCCCGAUCAAUAACAUCAUCGUCGGAUCAUAAGCAGUGCGUGCGUGUCCGUGUGUGCGUAUGUGCCUGUGGCCGUUUCCUUUCUUCUCCUGUCUACGCAUCAUUUAUUCUGUCCAGGCGAGCAAAUCGGUGGCAUCGGUCCCCUCACCUAAGAUCACAUCCCACUUCAUCGACUGAAAAUCCAACCCGUUUCCUUUCUGUGUGUCCCACUCUCCCCUCUUCCUCGUUGCUCUCCGAUAUGAUUCCCAGCGAACUGUCCCCACGAUCCUUCACACUCAUCGAAGGCAACUGGUUCCAUCGUGGCACACACUGGGGCAGCUGAGGAGGGCAGCCAAGGGGAGCUUCCCCGCUGCGUGCUAUUACGGACGGUCCGGGGAAGUUCACGGAACCGUUCUCCCUUGACCUCCCGUGCUCGCUGCAAUAUGAUAGUGUAAUAAUUCUGUUUUCGUGCGUUAUUAGAAGUAAUCAAACAAUUGCGACCCGCUGCGCCCAUUCAGUAGCGUGCGUUGCGUGAAUAUUUUGUGAAAACAAAUAAAUAAUUUAUUGUUUCACUGAAA